AUGAAAUAUCCAGCCAUACCAUCGGACCUCAGCCAGUUAUCGCUGUGUUUUUUUGUAAAAGUUGUUACAGACCAAAAACUGCAAUCUAUCUUCAGCUAUGCCAAACUCGAUGACAAUGAUAUUUAUGCCGAAAGUUCUCCAACUGAGACAGCUUUCUGCAUCAAUAACGAACAUGGCAGUUUCAAUGCUUCGGUCUAUGAUGGUGCCUGGCAUCAUUUGUGUUUCACUUGGGAAAAUACUUAUGGUGAACUCAAACUGUAUAAAAACGGUCAAUUUGAAGGCCAGCAUAUGGGUUUUCAAGUGGGAUAUACAGUCCGAUCUGGAGGGCAUUUAGUGCUCGGGCAAGAUCAAGACACCCUUGGAGGAGGUUUUACACUGGAGGACACACUGAAUGCCCAACUGGCUGAGGUCAACAUGUGGGACCAGGUUCUGUCCGGAAAAGAAAUUGCUUCUCAGUACACAAACUGCAGGAUACCAAGUGGUUCCGUUGUCACCUGGUCCGAAUUUAAAACGCUAACCAAUGGCAGUGUGAUUGUCAAACACUGA